ACUUCUUCUUCAUCACCUCUGGGUCCCACUGAUGCCGCACGGAGACCGCCGGGGGCCAUGCCUUUUCAAAGAACGGGUGCGACGCCCAUGAAUGCCGACAUGGCUGCGAAGAUGAAAGCCUUUUCCGAGUCGCGAAGGGGUCCACCAACACCAGGGCCCAAUCGUGGAGGUCCUCUCGCCAGCGGCAUGCAGUCACCUGGCCCAGCUCCAGGAGGGUUUCCCGCCAACUUCCGCCUCCCGCAGGGAUUGAACCGCCCAGCACCUCAUCUCGCAGCAUCCUCUCCUGCCGUGGCAGGCGUCAGCAAAGGACUUUCAUUGGCAGAGAAGCGAGGACUAAAACUACCCGGCGGCCUCCCGGGUCAAGGUCCUACGCCCGGAGGAAGAGUUAAACCAGGUCUUACACUUUCAGCCAUGGCGGGUGGUGCGCCCGACGGCGACGCUGCAUCAGGACAACCUCGGCAGCAGUCUCAAAUGGAGAAGUAUGCUGAUUUUGUGGACACCAAAGCCGGCGCGUUAACAUUCAAGGGUAAGGCUGUGGUUCAUGGCCAGGGCAUCGACUUCAGCUCUGGAAAGAGCUUCAGCAUCAGUUUGGACGAAAUUGAUCGUAUGGACGAGCUGGGCAAGGGAAACUACGGCACAGUGUACAAAGUGCGUCACGCACGACCCAAAUUUCGGAAGCAGGGCCAGGGUAUCGCCGGAAUACAGUCGAGCGGUCCUAACGGGAGCGACGAUUUCGUCACGCCUCUGUCUCCCACACGAGACGCGAGCGCCUCAGCGGAGACGCCGACCAACGCAACUUCUGCUCAAGCUUACGGCCGUGGUGGCCCAACAGGCAUGGUGAUGGCCAUGAAAGAGAUGCGUCUGGAACUUGAUGACGCAAAAUUCCAAUCCAUCAUUAUGGAACUCGAUAUUCUCCACCGUUGCAUCUCUCCUUAUAUUGUAGACUUCUACGGAGCUUUCUUUCAAGAAGGUGCAGUCUACAUUUGCAUGGAAUGGAUGGACGGUGGCUCCAUCGAUAAACUUUAUUCGCCUCUUCCAGGCGAAGGCGUUCCUGAAGGUGUCCUGCGCAAGAUUACUCACGCAACCGUCCUCGGCCUCAAGAGCCUCAAGGAGGAGCACAACAUCAUUCAUCGUGAUGUCAAACCUACCAAUAUCCUUGCCAAUAGUCGCGGCCAGGUCAAGAUCUGUGAUUUUGGCGUUUCUGGCAACCUCGUCGCAAGUAUCGCCAAGACUAAUAUUGGUUGUCAGAGUUACAUGGCCCCUGAACGAAUUUCUUCUGGCGGUGGAGGUGCUCCAGCACAGCCCGGUGCGUCUAUGGGCACAUACAGCGUACAAUCAGAUAUCUGGUCGUUGGGUUUGAGUAUCAUUGAGUGUGCCAUGGGUCGGUAUCCCUACCCUCCCGAAACGUACGAUAAUAUCUUCUCGCAAUUAUCUGCGAUCGUCGAUGGAGCACCUCCUGACCUUCCAGCCGACUCCUUCUCUCCUGCUGCUCGCGAUUUCGUUGCUGGCUGCCUGAACAAGAUUCCGAACCUCCGGCCGACAUACCCCAUGCUUCUCCAACAUGCCUGGCUGGCGCCUCUCGACAAACCUGCCACCAUUGCCGAAGAGGAUGAAGAGGAAGCCGAAGCUGUUGAGAAAUUAUCCUUGGACCCUGCUCCUGUUGAUGGUGAAACACAAGCAUCGAAAUAUGCAACGGCUGCAGAUGGCACACCUUUUAUCGAUCGCGAAGUCGGCGAAUGGGUCCUUGGAGCCCUGGAACGGCGGCGCGCCGGGAAAUUGGGCAAGAGCAUCAAGCCUGCACUUCACGCGGCGAGCUUGUCGGCGGCG